GUGCUCACACCCACGACGUUAAACACGUUUUAGGUGUUUUCGUCUAAUAAUACCUUGUGCCUCUCCAAGAUCGCAUUUCGUCCAUGGGAUCGAAUGACGCGAAGUCCACGCUCGCCCCUCUUGAAGUUUCACAAGCCGGUUGGGAACACGACCGCCUCUGGGAUCUAUGUCAGUCCUUAUCUAUCAUGCAAAGACUGCAAUGCGCUCAACUUCAUCAACGCCGUACCCCUUGGCAUGGGAUACAACUUGGUAUCGACAGGAAAGCCCCCUGUAGUCCCUGGCAAGCACACCUUCGACAUCCAAACAACAUUCGCAAGUCUUGAACGAGAAGUCCUCCCCACGUGUGUCGGCUGCGGUCGAACUCUCCAUCUCGCAGUCGGGGCAUUGGAUUUCUCGCCAGUAUUGGCGGACCAAGCAACGGCCUUCCAAAAGUCCGGGGUCGCACGACACAACGCUGCGAUACAGCUUCAGUGCGCAGGACGAGGUUUGCUCGCGCGCAAGGAAGCCCUUCGCCGCCGACUGGAAAAAGCCCGUCGAGACGAGUUGGAACGACUCGCGGCCAUCGCCAUUCAACGACGAAUGCGCGGAGUCAUCUCGCGGCAGACGACGCGCAUUCAGUCCGGCGUUCGCAUCAUUCAUUGGACCCAUCCGCUGAUCACAAGCAUGUUGCUGGACGAAGACAAGCACGACUUGGCCACCAAGACAGCGCUGUUUUGGUUUCACGACGACGACCUCGAGUUGAUCUGCUCGGACUACCGCCAAUACCUUGAUCGAUGUGGCCCUCUCAUGACAUUGCAGCGCUUUGAGACGAACGUGGUGUGCUUUGUCCACCGAAUCAACGACAUGGAGCGCCGCAUGGCCAUCCGAAUCCAAGCGAGUUGGCGGGGACUGCAAGCCCGACGAGCAGUGAAGAUGCUGAAACGAGCGAUGGGAGCCAUUGAAGAACGCAGGUUCAACGCGGCUGUGCUGCUACAGCGGACUGUUCGACGGUAUGCUGGAGGCAAACUCACACGACGCCACAGUUUCCAGCGACGCAAGGAGAAGAUUCGUCAGCGAGCGAAGGCAGACUGCCUGAAACAGCGACGCGCGAAUGGGUUGCAACGAGAUGUGGAUCAAGUCAAGGCCUUGUACCAAAGCUAUCGACGGAAGACCGAUCGUGUGGCUACAUGGGUGGUACCCACCAACGUGCCCCGCAAUCCCGUGGAGGUCCAGAGCGAUACUCAAGUCUUGGCGGCGUUUGCCAAGUCGUUUGGAUCAUUCGUAUCCUGCGCGGCACAGAAGCACAAGGCAGGGCACACAGAAGCCUUGCGUCAGAUUCACAAGUUCAACGACAAGAGCAGGUGCAGCCCGCCCAAGAAGCUUCAGCCCAUGAUGGUUAUCGACACACACAAGACGACGUUCUCAUGAAGAUGGAGAUUGUCUUAGUGCCCUCGUCGCUUUUGACGGGACGCCUACGAUCGCGUCAUGUAGAAUCUGCACGGAAUGACUGUAAAGGGAGUAGGAGAAUGCGUGUAGCAGGUGUCCUGGCCGCAGUAUUAUUUUAGUGAAAAUCAAAUGAAUAUGCAAUUGGGUAUGUACUCGC